AUGGCGAGUAGCAUGGCGCCGCCUCCGCAGACUCUGCCAUCUCAUCCCGGGCAUCCUCCUCCGCCUUCCUCCGGACGAUCCUGCGGGGCUCGUCCGGGCCUCCGCCAUCUGCAAGGACUGGCGCCGCAUCAUCACCGACCCCGCCUUCCCCGGCCACUACCGCGCGUUGCACCCGACGGCCCCCGUGCUCUCGUCUCCACCACGUCCUUCCGCCCGUCCGACGCCGACCAUCGCCGGUGCCAUGCGCUCGACUGCCGCCACGGCCGCGCCGUCUUCUAUGACUACGGCUCCCUCCAAUCCUUCGUUAUUUGGGACCCUGUCACCGGCGAGCGGCACAAACUCCCCGAUGUGCCGGAUGUCUUCACACGCCCAGCUGUGGUCUGCGCUGCGGGCGGAGGCUGCGACGACCACCGCGGCUGCAGUGGGGGCCCUUUCGUCGUCGCCUUCGUCGGCGUGGAGAACAUCCUGGAGAGCCAUUACUUCGACGCACACGCUUGUUUUUACGCGUCUGACACCGGCGAGUGGAGCGUGCACAUCAACAUCCACCUCGACCACGGCCGGUACUACCCAGACAAUCGCCCUGCCACGCUGCUGCCGAGGGAGAAGUGUCUCGGCAGUGGCAGGAACACCAACACCAACGUCGUUGUCAUGGCGGCGGAGGGCGGCGGGCUGGGAUUGGCCUGCCUGUGUCCUAAGACUGGUACCAUGCUCUACCUGUUGGCAAGGGAGGAGACAGAAAGCACCGUCGGAGACGACGAUGGCCGAUGGGUGCAGCGCAGGGUCAUCGAUCUCAAAACGAUGCUCCCGGUUGGCAACCUCAAGAGGCAGCCAUGUUUGAGUGGCGUUGCCCAAGACGCCAAUGUCAUUUUUUAA